UUCAAUAACUUAGUGGCACCAUCAUAGACUGGCCGGCUAGGCCUGCCCCGAAAUGAAGCCGGCGCGCGGCGCGGCGGCGCGGCCCCUGACAGCGCCACCGAGACGCCGCCCGUCACUGGCCGUCACUUUGACUUUUGAUUUUGAUUUUGUUUACUUGUGUUUUUUAUAAUUAUUUAUUGUAGUGUUUAAGUGCAAAUAAAUAAAACUAACGGAUGCACGACGACAAUGAUGUGGUAGAAAGUGAAGGUCAAUCUUCGGUAUCACUGGAUGCCGUGAAGAGAUGCCCCCUGUGCCCCCAGGCACGCUUUUUUAAAGUUACAGGUCGACACCUGGUUACAGCCAUAGGCUCCUUCAGAUGCGGCUCUGCAGGCGGCCUCGACGGCUUGAGUCCGCAACAUUUAAAGGAUCUCACCUGCCCAAGCGCCGGGGAAGCAGGUGAGUCGCUUUUGAAGGAGCUUACGGCCCUGACCAACCUUAUGCUCUCCGGCAAGGUGGACGAAACCGUCAUCGACGUUUUGUACGGAGCCAAUCUAUGUGCUCUGCGCAAAAAGGAUGGCGGUAUUCGUCCAAUUGCCGUGGGGACUACUUACCGUCGUAUGGUAGCCAAAAUCUGCUCUAAAUUUUGUAGUGAGGAAGUUUCGGAAAAAUUUCAGCCCCUGCAGCUAGGUUACGGCUCGAAAGGGGGCUGCGAGGCUGCCGUACACGCCCUGUCGACCUAUUUAAAUCAUGGGAAAGGAGAUGUCAUCCUGAAGGUUGACAUCAAGAACGCCUUCAACUCGGUGAAUAGGGACACCUUGCUGGCAGAAGUCAAAAAAGAAAUACCCAAAAUUUACAGUUUUCUUUGGCAAUGUUAUAGAUACCCAACAAAAUUAUUAUAUCGGAACAACCUGUUAGAAUCCGCUGUUGGCUGUCAACAAGGUGAUCCACUCGGGCCUGUGAUUUUUAGUUUGGCGAUUAACCCAAUUAUUCGGCAGCUAAAUUCUGAAUUUAACGUGUGGUAUCUCGACGACGGGACCCUGGGAGGCAACAGAGAUACUGUUCUUAAUGAUUUAAUUUUCCUAAAAGAUAAAUUCCACGACAUUGGCCUCGACCUCAACCUAUCUAAAUGUGAACUUUUUAUACCCGACUCGACUGACAGACAGACUAUUCUUCAAAAUUUCCUCACAAUAGCUCCUGAAAUUAAACCGAUAGACCAAAGAGUGUUCUCCACAAAUGAUAAAACUUGCAUAGAAGAAUCUAUGUUACCGGUGUGUUCAAUAUGGUUAGAAUGUUCUAACAUAUUGGUGGUGGUGGUAGUGGUGGUAGAUAGUAUUUGUGGACCCCCCUUCGUACACGACGUCAUCAUACAACAAUCUAUCAGUGUGCUGUUAGUGUAA